GUGGCCAAUAGGAGGCUUGGGUAUUUGGCAGUGGAUGCUCAGGGAUACUUGGGGCCUGCCUAACAGUUCAUCCAGUGCAUUCCGAUUUGAAAACUGUUCCGAGCAAUUCGGAUCCGUCUUUUUUCACGCGCGGACACUGAUCCUGGGAUUCCCAGAGACUCCGGGUCGGCGUUCGCCGGGACCCUGCGGCCAUGAGCGUGGGUUUCAUCGGCGCGGGCCAGCUGGCCUGUGCUUUGGCACGGGGCUUCACGGCCGCGGGCGUCCUGUCGGCUCACAAGAUAAUAGCCAGUUCCCCGGAAAUGGACCUGCCCACAGUGUCUGCGCUCAGGAGGAUGGGUGUGAAUCUGACCCGAAGCAAUAAGGAUACUGUGCGGCACAGUGAUGUCCUGUUCCUGGCUGUAAAGCCCCACAUCAUCCCCUUCAUCCUGGAUGAGAUUGGGGCCGACGUGCAGGAGAGGCACAUCGUGGUCUCCUGUGCAGCCGGUGUCACCAUCAGUUCUGUGGAGAAGAAGCUCAUGGCUUUCCAGCCAGCUCCCAAGGUGAUCCGCUGCAUGACCAACACGCCUGUGGUGGUCCGAGAGGGGGCCACUGUGUAUGCCACAGGCACCCAUGCUCUGGUGGAAGACGGGAAGCUCCUGGAGCAGCUGAUGAGCAGUGUGGGGUUCUGCACAGAGGUGGAGGAAGACCUCAUCGAUGCUAUCACGGGACUCAGUGGCAGCGGGCCUGCCUAUGCAUUUAUGGCCCUGGAUGCGCUGGCAGACGGUGGGGUGAAGAUGGGUGUGCCGAGGCGCCUGGCAGUCCGCCUGGGGGCUCAGGCAUUGCUGGGAGCAGCUAAGAUGCUGCUGGACUCAGAGGACCAUCCAGGCCAGCUCAAGGACAACGUCUGCUCCCCCGGGGGAGCCACUAUCCAUGCCCUGCACUUCCUGGAGAGUGGGGGCUUCCGCUCUCUACUCAUCAAUGCAGUUGAGGCCUCCUGUAUUCGAACAAGAGAGCUGCAGUCCAUGGCUGACCAGGAAAAGGUGUCCCCUGCCGCCCUUAAGAAGACUCUCCUGGACAGAGUGAAGCUGGAGUCACCCACGGUGUCCACGAUGGCCCUGCCCAGCUCAGGGAAACUCCUUACAAGAAGCCCGACCCAGGGAAGCAAGAAAGACUGAGGAGGACUCUGGGGUGUCCCUGUCUCCUGUAGUACAGGGAGGGACAGGCUUAGAUUUCGAGGUGAAGUUGUUUAGAUCUGUUCACCUGGUGCCACAGAGUCCUCUUGUCCCGUGGCAGAAGGUGCUCUGAGGAGGCUGCUGAUGCCAGAAGCCUGAAAGCCCAGCAUGCCUCUCAGAGAGGUGGAGGCCUCCGAGUUAGCAUCGUCCUCAGCAGAAGUCUGUGGAGAAAUUUAGUUAGAUCCAAGGGUGGUUCAGUUUGACCUCUAGGUGAGGUGAGAGGAAACAGGAAUCCUCUGAAUUAAAAAUGUGCAAAAGAAGCAGGUGGCUUGGUGGAAGUGUGGGGACCCAUGACCCCAGCUUAACUCUGCUGUACAGGUGCCUGUUAGAUGGUGGUGCUCAGGGCUGCUUUAAUAAAGGUCUGAUUUAUUUUUGA